AUGGCACCGCAAACAAAAAUCGACCGGUCCUUUAGCGCACUGAUACCUGCACUUUCAGAAUGGACUCUCGAGGCUGUCGACGCCAUGGGUUUCGCGAAGACCACACCAGUGCAACACGCCGCCAUUCCCAUGUUCAUGAAGAACUCUGAUGUCGUCGUCGAAGCGGUCACUGGAAGCGGAAAGACACUUGCCUUCUUGAUUCCCAUCGUGGAACGGUUACUUCGACUCGAUGCGCCUAUCAAAAAGCAUCAUGUGGGCGCCAUAAUCAUAUCGCCAACAAGAGAAUUGGCAACGCAAAUCCAUACUGUACUUUGUUCUUUGCUAAAGUUUCACGCCCCGUCCGCUGCAGCACUUGAGCCAGAGGACGAGGACAGCGAUAUGGAAGAUGCAGAUGCGCCGCCAAAACCAAUAUUUCCAGCUGGUACGCUCAAAGUUGUGCCUCAACUACUCCUCGGAGGCUCGGUCACACCAGCUCAAGACCUCAGCGUAUUCCUCAAGAAGCAGACGAACGUACUGAUCGGCACUCCUGGACGACUGUUGGAGUUGUUAUCCUCUCGUCACGUUCAUUGUUCAUCAUCUUUCGAUGCCCUUGUACUGGAUGAAGCCGAUCGACUGCUGGACCUUGGCUUUAAGGACGAUCUGCAAAAGAUUCUUUCACGCUUGCCCAAGCAACGACGAACGGGCCUGUUCAGUGCGAGUGUUAGCGAGGCUGUCGAUCAACUCAUUCGUGUGGGCCUACGUAAUCCAGUUCGCAUUGCUGUCAAAGUCAAAGCGAGGGCAGCGGAAAACGGUCAAAUUGAGGACAAGCGGACACCUGCCAGUCUACAAAUGGCUUAUCUCGUAGUACCCCCGUCACACAAGCUACCAGCCAUCCAACAGAUACUGGAUCAGGUGCAACCACAACCUCAGAAGACAAUCUUUUACCUGGCAACAUGCUUCGCAGUCGACUACUUCCAGCACGUUCUUCCGGAAGUACUCAAGAGUCACACAAUUGUUCCACUUCAUGGCAAGCACCCCGACAAGGUGCGGCGGAAGAACUUUACAAAAUUUGUGGAUAGCGUCAUGCCCUCGAUCCUGCUGACCACCGAUGUGGCUGCUCGUGGUCUCGACAUCCCUUCAGUAGACCUUGUCUUACAACUGGAUCCGCCAAGCGACCCCAAGACCUUUAUUCAUCGAUGUGGACGCGCUGGGCGAGCUGGACGAAAAGGUCUCGCCGUCACCUUCCUCACGCCUGGCCUGGAAGAAGACUAUGUCGAGUUUUUGCGGGUACGACAGACUCCAGUGGCCCCUCUCACCAAUCCGGGUAUCACUGUUACAUCAGCGGAUAUCGAUCGCGUCACGAACGCGAUCAGGAAGGUGGCCAAGACCGAUCGAGCCAUCUACGACAAGGCUCAGCGUGGCUUUGUCUCCUGGGUUCGUGCUUAUAGUAAGCACACCGCCAGCUCGAUCUUCCGUGUCGAAGAAUUGGACUGGGCUGAGCUUGGACACGCCUGGGGCUUGCUUCGUCUUCCCCGUAUGCCAGAAACAAAGAAGUGGGAGGGCGACAAGUCGCUCGGUGUUACGAUGGAUUUCGAUGCGUUUGCGUACAAAGACAAAGUGCGCGAGCAGCAGCGUCAGAUGGAAAUGGCAGACGCUGCGGCUCAAGGAGCUACUGGCAAGAAGUUCGUCAAGGAGAAUAAGAUCGCAAAGGCUUGGACGGACCAGAAGGACCAGAAGGCCACGAAAGAGCUCAGACGUGAGAAGAAGGUGGCGAAACGGGAACAAGAGCGCAAAUCCAAGAUGACAGACGAGGAGCGCCAGAAGGAGGAGGAGCUCAACGAAAUGAUUUCACAAAUGCGAAAGAAGGUCAAGCAGACAGAGGCUGCUGAGGAGGAGGACGAGUUCCACGGAUUUGAUGAUUGA